UCAAAAUUUAGCACAAUACUUUACAGAAAAAAUGAAAGUCCUACAUUUUUUAUUUUCGUUUCUUUUAAUUGUAUUGUUAUCAGUUAAUGUUGUUUUAUCUAAACCACAUGCCGCAUUCGAUUUCUUUGGAAUUGGAAGUAAAGAAGAAGAAAAAAAGCAAGAACCUAAAGAUGAAAAAGCCGAUAACGAAAAGAAUCAAAUCGUACCUUGGGUGCCCAAGUAUGACAUUAACAAACUUGCUCAAAAACUAGAUUUAGACUGGCUGAUUACAAACAAAACUAGAGUAUCUGGUGGAUUUCGCCCACAUGGAUGGGAAACUGAAAUUUCACGUAAAGGAUUGGAUCCUGAAACAGGAGGUAUUGAUUUCAACGCCAAACUGACGAAACCGACCUACGGAAAAUGGAAUACAGACGUAGCUGUCGAAGGUUUAAUACCCAUUGGAAAUGAUAGUAAGAUCCAUGGUACUUUCGUCCGAAAAGAUGGUAAAUCUGCGUGGGCUGUUGACUAUUUUAAAAAAUUUUUCGACAAAUCCUACGGAAGUUUGGACGUCAAUGUUGGAGUAAAAAAACCAUUCGAGGGACCAAUAAAGUCCAUGUAUGGAAUAGAUGGUUCUCUAGCCAUUGACAAAGAUACCGGACUCAGCGGCAGUAUUCGAAAAGAAGGAGACAAAACAGGGUGGCAUUUUGAGGCUGGCCAUACAUUGGUGGACAAUGACCAUGCAAAUGUCGAGCUAAUGGCAGGAGUCAACAAAUCUCCCAGUGGGAAGGUCAAAAAAGUAAUGGGUGCAACAGCUUCACUUGGUAAGCCGAGCGACUUUGGUCACAUCAAGGGCGAAAUUUUGACGGAAAACGAAAAGAACUCGUGGUAUCUUGCAUUUCUGCACAGAAUGUUGGACAGUGAAUAUGGAAAACUCAGUGUCAAUGGUUCACUGGACAAAACGAUGGACGGUGACUUGAAAAAACAAAUAGGCGGUGAAGCUUCCUUGAUUUUACCGAAAACUCAAUUACACGGAGGAAUCAACAAAGAAGACGAUAAAACGUCGUGGUACGUGGAAGGUGGGCACAGGCUCGUUGGAGACGAUAAUGCCAGCUUGAACGUGGUCGCAGGAUUGAGCAAGAGAACGGGCGACGCUUUGAAGGCGGCCAUGGGAUUGAACACGACUUACAAAAUGAAAAAAAUUGGCCCCAUGAAAACGAUCGACGAGAAUAACGAUAAUGUAAAAUUUAAAAAUGCGAAGAAGCUAGUCAACACGAAAUAUGGAAACAUAGAAUUAGGUGGAAAAAUUAGCGAAGAGGAUGGAGAAGUACAAGGCGUUGCAGGUAUCGAAGGAAAUCUAGAGCUUCGUCGCUGAA